AUGAUAACAUCAACAACCUGGGUCCCUCGUGGCUUCGCCGCCGAAUUCCCAGAUCGAAAAACUCUAGACGAAGAUGAAUUCUCUCGGAUCGCUGAAAUCGCAAAACUCAAGUUAGACGAUGCAGAAGAAGAGCUAGAAGAUGCUAAAGCCGCUGAGUCCGACGACGAUGACAAAGAUAACAACAACAAUGAUGAAGAAGCAAAGGAUACAAAUGGAGGAGGAGUAUCAUUAGAAAUGGAUAUCGACUCUGAAGUUCCUUCAAAGAAGGAGAAAGAGAAGAAGAAGAAGAAGAGUAAGAAGGGAGGAAAAGACGAUAGUGAUGAUGAAGCUGCAGAUGAUGAUCUGAAAGAAUAUAAUCUGGAUACCUACGAUGAUGAUGUCGCCGAAGACGAUGACCCUCAGACAAUGGGCAUGUUCGGCAACAUCAAAUCCUUAGCCUACCACGAAAAUAACGACGAAGACCCUUACAUCACCAUCCCAGACAACCAAGAUGACUCGGAAAGAGAAGACCUCCAAAUCCUCCCAACAGACAACCUCCUCCUCGCCGGCCGCUUCGAAGACGACCUAGCUCACCUCGAAGUCUACGUCUACGAAGACGACUCCGACAACCUCUACGUUCACCACGAUUUAAUGCUCCCCGCCAUCCCACUAUGCAUAGAAUGGCUCGACCUCCCCGUAAAAACCACCCCAACCCCAACCACAAAGGGAAACUUCGCAGCAAUAGGAACCACAGAUCCAGACAUCGAAAUCUGGAACCUAGACACCGUCGACUCCCUAUUCCCAGACGCAAUCCUAGGCGCCCCGAACCCUCAAUCAUCAUCCACCACAAAAUCUUCAAAAAAGAAAAAGAAGAAGUCAAAACAACCAAUCUCAACCCACCACACAGACUCAAUCCUCUCCUUAUCCUCAAACCGUACCCACCGUAACCUCCUAGCCUCAGGCUCAGCAGACACAACCAUAAAACUCUGGGACUUAACAACCUGCACCGCAGCCCACUCCUACACCCACCACACAGACAAAGUCUCCUCCCUAGCAUGGCACCCAACAAACACCACCAUCCUCCUCUCCGGCUCUUGGGACCGAACCAUCGCUGCCGUAGACAUGAGAACAAAGGAUACAGUCUCAGGCCGCUGGGGUUGUGAAUCCGACGUCGAGGGGAUAAAAUGGGACCCCCACGAUUCAAAUUACUUCUACAUCUCAACAGACGUAGGAACACUCCACCUCCACGACGCGCGAACAAUUCCAUCUUCUUUGUCAGCUACAAAGCCAGUUUGGACAUUACAAGCCCAUUCGUCGAGUUUAACCUCCUUCGAUGUAAACCCCAUAAUACCGGGUUUCAUAGCCACUGCUUCCACUGAUAAAAAUGUUAAGAUAUGGAAUGUGGAGGGUAACAAACCUAGUAUGGUUACCACUAGAGAUUUUGAUCUAGGCAAAAUAUUUAGCGUAGGUUUUGCACCGGAUAAAGAAGUUGGGUUUAGAUUGGCGAUUGCGGGAAGUGAGGGUAUUGUGAAGGUUUGGGAUACUAGUACUAAUGCCGCCGUAAGAAGAAUCUUUGCGGGCAGAGUACCUGAAGGUGUUGAAGAGAAGGAAGAGAGGGUUGUGGGCGUUGAGUAUAGUGAUAGUGAAAGUGAUAGUGAGGAUGGUGAAGAACCGGAGGAAGGUGCUAAGGAAAGACCAGACGGGUGGGAGAGUAUGAGUGAGGAAGAGGAUUAA